ACAAGCAGCAAAACUAAAAAAGUUAUGUCCAGGAAUUCUCAAACUUAAAUUUAAUGAGAACGGAAGUGUCAUUGUAACAAGAAAUAGUUCAAAUCUUGUAAAAAGACCACUUAGAAAUAAAAAAAUACUUCCAACAUUAAAGAAAAAUAUGAAAAUAUUGAUAGUUACCUUCUGGUAA